UGUCUACGAAGUUACGAACGCGCGUUCUUGAUACACAGAUAAAAAUUGUAAACAUACAUAGUGUUUUUACGUUUCCGUAUGUGUGGAAACUAUAGUAUUGGAUUUGAUCUAUCGGAUUCCGGUGAUGGGUACUAGGCACUCUAAAACCAUGUGUUCAAGGUUUAUAGGAAGUUUAGUAGGCGCAAUAGUCGGUGACUGUAUAGGUGCUGACUUUGAGUGUCGACCCUUCGUGGAUACGCUGCAUCUGAGCAAUUUCUUGACCUCGAUGGCCGGCAAAACUGGACGUGGAAACAAGGUCAGUUAUACAGACGAUACGGCCAUGACAAGAUCUGUGGCUGAUUCACUCAUUUCAAAAAAGGCAUUUAAUGCAUCAGACAUGGCUAUGAGGUUUGCCGAAGAGUACUUCCAGAAUCCAGGCCGAGGCUACGGAGCCAAUGUUGUCCAGGUUUUCCAAGACCUGCAUGUGGAUCGAUACGCGGAUGUGUACCAGUCAGCGAGGGAGCAGUUUGGUGGGACUGGAUCCUAUGGCAAUGGAGGAGGCAUGCGAAUAGCACCAGUAGCACUUUUUGCAAUGAAUGAUACAGAGAAACUUAUCCAGAUUGCACGAGACAGUACUUUAAUCACCCACACAAAUAAGAAAGGCUAUAAUGGUGCUAUACUACAGUGCUUAGCCGUGCAGCAAGCUCUCACACAUCAACAUGCGCCGAGUGUUCGUCUAAGCAGAGAAAAAUUUGUUGAAGAUUUGCAAGAAAAGAUGAAGAAAAUAGAAGGGAAGCUCGAUGAUGCAAACAAAGCUACGAAGGCAUCGGAAGAGGAAGCUAAAGUUAAAGAUGUGAAAACCCAAGGUGACCCAUCCAGCAAAGAUUUUUUUUAUGUAGAAUACCUGCAGAAGGUGAAGACGCUUAUCAGUUAUGGAGAUGUGCCACGUAUAAAAAUAAAACACGUUCUAGGAGUGGGCAUAGCAGCACAUAGGUCCAUACCGACAGCUAUUUAUUGUUUUCUGAGGUGUAUGGAACCCGUUGAAGAUCUACGGAAUAUUGAUCAUGGUAACGCCCUCGCACGGACGGUGCUGUAUGCGAUCUCCCUAGGCGGCGACACAGAUACAAUUGCCUCGAUGGCAGGAUCAAUCGCUGGUGCAUAUUAUGGGAUAGAGAGCGUGCCGUCGAUGUGGCAAGACAGGUGUGAAGGAGUGGAGUGUGCCACCUCACAGGCAAAGGAACUAUACCACCUGGCAACCGGAGACACGUGUACUUGUCAUUAGCUGAUAGAUUGGUCCUCUUUGACAACGUUUUUGAUAGCUUGAUCAUUUCUAGCAAUUUGAGAACUAGUGCUGACUCUCAAUCGUUAGCAUGUGGUUCUGUGCUCUCGAAACAUCUUUGUCUAGAAUCAUUUAGCAACCAGUUGUAGUUGUCAAGCCUGUCGUAAUGUUUUCCUUUAUUGUUAUAAUUUUAGACCAUGACGUUUACUUUAAAGGCAGAGUUUACUCUAGGUUCUAGGGUUAUUUUCAGCU